UGACCCCACUGUCAGUCUUUUUUAACCAAGCGGAUACAAAGACAGAUCAGGCCUUCUCCGCGAGCGUCCGAGAGAUAAAAGAGCUAGUCAUCAUCGUCGUCGUCGUCGUCAAGCGUCAUUGUCUCCACCGUUUCCCUCCUGUCUGCUUCUCCUCCGCGCCCAGGAAUGUGAUGCCCUACGGAAGGCCAUUUUGAGUGUCCCCGUUCAUCACAAGGCCACGAAGUGAGGAGGUGGCAGUGCUGGUGGUGGAGGACGAGGAGAGAGGAAGCGGAAUGACGGAGCUACGGUGCUAAGAAAUUCCGUAGCAGUGGGUGGGGAGUGAGCACGCCAGAGGGAGGGAUGGGCGAGAGCGGGGGCCCGACGAUGGCGCCGCUGAACGUGGCGGCUCUGAGAGGAGAGGAGAGGUGGCGGCACUUCGACGACUCCGUCAACGCCGUCUCAUUUGGCUUCGUGGCCACCGCCAUCCUCAUCUCCAUGUUCCUUGCCAUGGCCAUCUUUGAGCGCUUCCUCCGCCCCAGGUCCCCUCUCCUCUUUUCUUCCGACAACGGCCAGCGCGGCGGAGGAGGGCCUGUCUCGGCUUUCCAGAGGGGGACGCUCUUGUCCGCGGAUCUGGAGGCGCAACCCCAGGGAUUCGCUGGCAAGCUCGAUUAUCCUUCGCCCAAGACUCCGGAAAACGUUCGAAAGAUAAGAGGGUUUAUGUUUCCACAAUCUGAAUUUUCAACGGACCACUUGUAAAGCGGCUGAUCAUUUUUCAACAAGAUAUACUAUCUUUGUACAGGACCACGUCGGAUUGUAUAUAUUGUCCUGUUUCUGAUAUCAAAUGGAAUUGAGAAAAAGGAAUAUGCAGUAAUAAAUGACCCAUUUGUCAUCUAUCGACAAGGAAACAGGCAUCCGUAAGGAGACAAGAAUGUCCUCUGAUAGCGUCCAAAGUUUAAAAAAGAGGUGCUCUGGAGUCCCCAUCGUCCCCCAGUCAUUCCAUGGCUGAGGCACUUGCACAAUGCCUCCUAUAAAGAAGUGACCUAUCGAAUAAAAAUUAGUUUUAAGCUAAUUUGUACCAAAAAAGUUAUGUGAUAAUUCAUUGGGAUCAUUAUUCGUAUGUUAUCUUAUGCAAAUUGGGUUGUGUGGUCUCAAUCACCACAAGGAUUUUCACCUGAAA